AUGAUGGGAAACCUGACUCAUACUAGCAGACUAGAAGAAAUCUCGUCGACAUUUGUCUUGAACUCGUCCAGCGGCGGGAUGUCAAGGAAUACAAACACGAACUGCUGUAUCACUGAAUGCGGGAAAAAAUUCACCACUGCAAACACUUGCAGCCAUGCAUCCAUCGAUGUUUGCUCGCAGGCCAACCAAAUGUUUGUUUGUCGACCAUGCCUGAUGUGUUCCCUCACUCUGUUCUACCAGGGGAUAACACUGGAUUAUGCGGUCAUGUACAUAUUUGUUAUUCUCCUCAGCUCCGCCUUCGCCCUGGGAAUGAUAUACAUAUUCUGGAGGUACCUGAGAAUCUCAAAGGCCAAGAAGGCAAGCAUGCGCUACUCAGUGCUAGCGGAGUGGCAGUCAGGUGACGCUGCCCCUAAUGCCCCAGCGCUGCCGGCGGGAGAGGCAUCCUUCUCAAACCUACAAGCGGUUGUCUGCCAUGUGCAGGACAGCACAGAGCCGCUUCCAAACGAGUGCCGGUUCUGUGAAGUCCAGAAGCUGGCGGGAGCUCCCAUCUGCAGCCGAUGCGGCAACAGCCUCUUCCUCGUGGCUAAGGAGAUCGUUGUGUUUCAGGAGAGGCCCGCUGGGCGGCAAGAGAGCAACGUGGACGUGUCGACUAGUCACAGAUUCUUCCCUCCCUAG